UGCGGCGCGUUUUAGUUUUUUAUAAGAAUAAAGUAAAUGUAAAUGCAUUAAAUAAUAGUGAAUAACAUUAAGUACACCCACUCUCAAAACGCCAACAAAAUUAGCAAUAUUUGCAACUGUGUGUGAGUGUGUGUAUGUGUGUAAGUGAAAGAGUGUGUGUGUUGUGCAUGUGUAAGAUAAAGUAAAGUCGCUGAUGUUUUGGUAAAGAGUAACCAAGAAAAUAAUAUAAAGAAUAAGCUAAACACGAAAACAGCAAAUUGCCUCGUUGGCUUAACGAAUUUCCAAAAGCAUGGAAGUUCAGACCGUAAGCAAUCACCACAACGCCUCGCUCAUGUCCACGCUGCAGGCCGCUGCCAGCGCCAGUUCGAGUCCCAAUGCCACGCCCAAGAAGAAGACAACUGCUGCCAAUGCAGGCGCCGCCAGCUCCAAGCAAUCGUCCACAGAAGCUGCCAUACUGCAGCAGCUCAGCAAGCAGCAACAACAAUUAGCAGCAGCAGAGCAGCAGGAGCAGCAGCAGCAACAACAACGCGACUGCGACAGUCCAGCCAGCUCGAACUCGGAGCUGGAGAAGGAAUUUAAUGAGCUGCCGGAAUUGAAUGGCUCGCUGGCAGGCAGCGGCAGCGUGGGCAAAUCGAAUGGCUCCAUCAGUGGCGCCUCCUCAACAAAUUCAGCGCCAGCUGCUGGUGCUGCCACCAAUGGCGGCACACAAGGCACCUUGAGCUCGGCGGCUGUUGUUGCUGCCGCCGCGCACUUGAAGAAACGCAUCUCGAGCAGUCGCACGCCCACACGCAAGGCUCAUCGCAUUAAGUUUUAUCGCAACGGGGAUCGCUUUUAUCCAGGCAUUACCAUACCCGUUUCCAACGAGCGUUAUCGUUCCUUUGAGAGCCUCUAUGAGGAUCUCACGCGUCUGCUUGAGGAGAAUGUCAAAAUACCAGGCGCCGUGCGUACCAUUUACAACAUGUGCGGCAAGAAGAUUACCGCUCUGGAUGAGCUGGAGGAUGGUCAGAGCUAUGUGUGUUCCUGCAACAAUGAGAACUUCAAGAAGGUCGAGUACAAUACCAGCUCACAGCCGUUGGCCAAUUUGACGCUGGCCAACAACAGUCGCACCACCAAUCAGCGUUUGGCCAAAUUGCAGCGCCCCGCUUCGCCGCUGAAGAAUGGCGCUGGCAACUUGAUGAACAGCAGCAACAGCAGCAGCAGCAAUGGCAGCGCCAACACAGCCAAUGGUGGCGGCACUGCAUCCGCAGCGGCCGCUAUAACCAGCAACGGCAGUCCACAGAAUACAUCACGCUUCAGCGAAAAGAACAGCGUUGUGCAUCCGCGCAUUGUUACCUUGAUACGCAACGGCACCAAGCCACGUCGCAUUAUGCGCUUGCUGCUGAACAAACGCAACAGUCCUAGCUUCGAGCAUGUGCUGACGGCCGUGACGCAAGUGGUGCGCUUGGAUACGGGCUAUGUGCGCAAGGUGUUCACUUUGUCGGGCGCCUCGGUGCUGCAGCUGGCCGAUUUCUUUGGCCCGGACGAUGUGUUCUUCGCCUAUGGCACCGAGCGUGUGAAUACGGCUGAGGACUUUAAGCUCGAGCCGGAUGAGCAGCGGGCAAUUAAUGCCAUACGCAAGACGCUGCGCACGGCGGGCACUGCCUGCAAGGGACCCAAGCCCAAGAUGCCGGUGAAGAGCAAAAAGGUGUAUGGAGCAGAGCAAGCAACUGCUGCCAGCAUUGACAGCAAUGAGGCCGAACAGGCGCAGCUACUUAAUAGCACCGGCAUUGAGCUGGGUGAACUGCCAGCUGCCAUCAGAGACAACUAUACGCUGGGCCAGAUGAUUGGCGAUGGCAACUUUGCCGUUGUGCUCAAGAUCAAGCAAAAGCAGACAGCUUUGCCUUAUGCACUCAAGAUCAUUGACAAGAGCAAAUGCAAGGGCAAGGAGCACUAUAUAGACGCUGAGGUGCGUGUCAUGAAGAAGCUGCAGCAUCCGCAUAUCAUAUCGCUCAUUCUGGAUGUUGAUCAGUCCGCCAAUAUGUAUCUCGUGCUAGAGUAUGUUAGUGGUGGAGAUCUAUUCGAUGCCAUUACACAGGUAACGCGCUUCUCGGAGAGCCAAUCGCGCACCAUGAUACGACACUUAGGCUCGGCCAUGUCUUAUUUACAUUCCAUGGGCAUUGUACACAGAGAUAUCAAGCCCGAAAAUCUGCUGGUUGAGCUGGAUAAGCAUGGCAACGUGGUGGAGCUUAAGCUGGCCGAUUUUGGAUUGGCCUGUGAAGUAACCGAGCCGCUGUAUGCCGUCUGUGGCACGCCCACCUAUGUGGCGCCCGAAAUUUUACUAGAAGUGGGCUAUGGCUUAAAGAUUGACGUUUGGGCCGCCGGCAUCAUUUUGUACAUACUGCUGUGUGGUUUUCCGCCAUUUGUGGCGCCGGAUAAUCAACAGGAGCCGCUGUUUGAUGCCAUCAUCUCGGGAGUGUAUGAGUUUCCGGAUCCCUAUUGGUCGGACAUUGGUGAUGGCGUGCGCGAUUUAAUCGCCAACAUGCUGCAAUCAGAUCCAGAUGUGCGUUUCACCAGCGAGGAUAUACUAGAUCAUUACUGGACCAUGGGCAACGAAGACAGUGGUUGUCCCAAUGGUGCCGAUGGUGACCACAUCAGAUGAAUCCUGGCCGUCGUCUAGUAGUUUUUGUAUUAUGUAAUUUAGCGCUAUUAUUAGGCCUUAAUUUAUUAUUUAUACAUACAUAUUAACACAUCUAAUGCGGUAACAAAAAAAAAAAUGUCGUUUUCCGACGACAUGCGACAAGAAAACACCCAAGCACAUGUUAGGCUGAUGGCGUUGCGAGGAAAGGAGUUAUUUUCAGAAAUUUGCAAUUUCCAAACCGUUUACGGUUCUCUAAUUUAUUUUGAAUUACAAACGCGUAUCUGUAUCUGUAU